AGCAUGCAGUUUACCACUGAGCUAUAUUCUCCCCUCUAACAAGACAUUUUCAGAUGAAACUUUAAGGUAUGACAAGGACAAAAGUGUUCCGAUGAGAGGGGUUGGCUGAGGCAGAGUGCAACAGUCACUUAGAGAUGGCGAGGCAGAGAAAUCGAGUGGCCAGCAUGUAAGAGGAUGGUGCACAUGGACGCUGAUGGAUCGGAGGGCUGUUGUUCAUCGCUGCGAAUUACGAGGUACCUGGGAGGACAUCAGCGACAAUGAGAAGAGGGAAAAUGAACGUUAGUGAGACUCAUAAACACACGGGAGAGGCUUGAGGAAGAUGAUAGAAGUACCAUGAUUCUCAGUUAUCAGUACAUUGAUAUUGCACAGAAACACGGAAAGAUAUCAAGGUUGAGCUGAAGCAAUCCAAGUCUUUUCAGGAAAAAUGCUAAAGAAUAAGCAAAACAAAGAUACUGCAAACAAACAAGAGGUCAUCUACACAGAACCGAAAUUUUCCAGAUCUCAACAGAAGCAAAAAACACCCGGGACAAACCAGAGCAAUGUCAUAUCAGGUGAACAGCAAGUGAACUACAUGGAACUGAAAUUUCCCAGAUCUUCUCACCAUCAGCACAGAGAAAGAUUGUUUAGGAAAAAAAGAAAAGACUACCAAUCUAGAGCGUGGCAAGUGACAGCUGGGAGUCUAGGGGUCUUGUGUGUGGUCUUGAUGGCGACAUUUGGGAUCCUGCUUGCAAAUACAUUUUCUCGCAGAGAAGAUGAAAAUGGGAAAAUCUCACCUAUUCCCACUCUAUCUUCUCCAAAUGGUGAAUGUCCCUGUGAUCUUUGUUCAACCCACUGGAUUGGAUUUGGAAACAGUUUUUAUCAUCUUUACAAUACACCCAAAAGCUGGGCAGACAGCCAUGCUGCCUGUGCAGAGCUGAAUGCCCACCUUCUAAAGAUAGAUACCAAUGAAGAGCUGGAAAUUCUGUCAAUGUUUCAAAUGAGAGGAUGGGUAGGUCUCAAAAUCAAUAAAACCGAUAUGUCCUGGUUAUGGGAAGAUGGCACCAAAGUAAUCGAAAGCCUAUUAAAAUUUCUGAAAAUGGAAAACCAUAGUUGUGCAUAUGCAGAAGGAAAUUAUGUUUUUAGUAAUAACUGUUCAUCUGAGAAGAGUUAUAUCUGUGAGUUUAAUACAUAGGAGC